AUAAGAGCGAUGCACUCUCAUCUCAUGCAGCCAAUGAGGAGCCAGGAAUCUCAUUGCGCGCGGAAGAGGAAAGUCGGAUUGUGACAGACAGAAGCGGCUCAUGUCUCUCAGCUAAGGAUUGAAAGGUAAAAAAACAAAAACCUGUUGUGUGAGGAUCACUCUGUCUGAGGACACAAUGCUUCACUGUAAAAUCAAGACUGAAAAAACGGAUGCUGGGGCUCGAAACCGCCUUGAUACAGUAUUGCAAGGUCUGGUUGAGAGGAGCGACAGUGAGAGGGAGCAGAAUGAAGAGGAUUCUGGUAAAAUGGUGGCAGACCCUUUGAGCAAGGAUUUGUCACCUUCUUCUGCAGGGAAAAGGCCAUCAUCACGAUUCCCACAACACAGAAGGAAAAAGCGUAAAGAAAUGGAUGAUGGUCUGGCAGAAACCAACCAGCACAAACAAAAUGCGUAUAUUAUCAAGUUAUUUGACCGCAGUGUGGACUUGGCUCAGUUCAGCACCACCACGCCGCUCUAUCCCAUUUGUCGGGCGUGGAUGAGAAACAACCCCUCUAUGCGAGAGAGAACUGCGCCUAGCCCCCCUCACAGCUCCGGGGAGGACGAGAUGACUGACAUGCUGAAUGGCAAAGGACAGAAUGUGUACAGGCUUCCUCCACCUGUUUCCUGUCCAGUAGGUUCAGCUGGUGAACCUGUUAAUCUCAGAAUUCCACCUGUAGAGAAGCCUGCAGAGAGCCAGUCCAUAGACACUGCAGCAGGCACCUCACCACUUAUCUUCAGUCAUAUCAAACGCUGGAAGAAAAUUAGACAGAAGUGGAAGGAGGCUUCAAGCAAGAACCAGCUGAGAUACAGCGAGAGCAUAAAAAUCCUUAAGGAAAUGUAUGAACGUUAGUUCACAUGCAUCCCUAGAGCAUCUGCAGAAAAUCUGUUUAAGUAAUUAAACAAAAAUGUCCUGGCAUGAAGCCUUCAAGAAGAGUGAAAUAGAUGUAACCAAAAUGUUGAAUUGAGAGCUCAACUAAAAUAUGUCUAAAUGAUUUUGUAAUUUUUUUUUUCUUUAAAUACAAAAACAAACAAACAUGGAUUUUGAAUAAAAAUACAUUUCUGAAAUUU